AUGUCACGUCUUCUUGCAUUCAACCUCUUUUUCGUUGCAUUCGUUGGCUUUUCACUGGCUGCACCAACCGGAGAACCAUCCCUAUUCACUCAACUUCUCAAGGAACAUAAGGAUAUUCUCCCUUCUGAAGUCGUUGAAGCCUACAAGGACUUGUCUGGUGAUGAGAAGGAAAAAGUGAAAGAUGUUUUCAAGAACUACAAGGAUUUCAAGAACGAAGACCAAUUAAUUGCUGCUCUGAAGGAAAAAUCACCAGAAUUGGGAGAGAAAGCUGAGAAGCUUCAGGCUAAAUUGCAAAAGAAGAUCAAUGGAAUGAGUGAGGAGCCAAAAGCAUUCAUUCAAGAAUUGAUUGCCGGUGGAAGAGGAUUGUAUGCCAGAUCUGUCAAUGGAGAGAAAAUUAGCAGCUCCGAAAUCAAGCUUCUCAUCGAGACUCAAGCCGCCUCCUACAAGGCUCUUAAACCUGAAGAUAAGGAAGAAUUGAAAAAGAAUUUCAGUGGAGUCGUUAAAUUUAUGGAGGACGAUAAAGUUCAAACUCUUAUUUCGAAACUUCUCGAGAAGACUAACGAUGAGCAUUAA